AUGGCCACGGCGCCGGUGUGCCCCGACUCCGACUCCGGCUCCGGCCCCGGCCCCGGCCCCGGCCCCGACCCCGGCCCCGACCCCGACUCUGGCUCCGGCUCCGGCUCCGGCUCCAGCCUCGCCGCGUCGCCGCCAGACCUCCACGCCAUGCCCAUGGUGGCGCUCAACUACAGCCUGCGGCGCCGCCUCAGCCUGUACCUCAACCCGCGGGCGGCGGCGGCCGCCGACUGGACGACGCUGGCGGAGGCGCUGGGCUGCGAGUACCUGGAGAUCCGGUGUCUGGAGGCGCAGCCCGACCCCACCGCCGCGCUGCUGGAGGACUGGCAGUGCCGAUGCCCCGGCGGCGCCACCGUCGGCCGUCUCCUCGACCUCCUGCGCCACCUCGGCCGCGACGACGUCCUCCUCGACCUGUCCGGCAGCGUGGAGGAGGACUGUAGGAAGUACUUACAGAAGAAGCAGGAGGAGGCUGACCAGCCGCUUCAAGUGCCAGCAGUAGACAGCAGUGUGCCAAGGACAUCAGAGCUGAUGGGCAUCACCACCAGGGAUGAUCCCUAUGGGAACAGAACAGAGAUGUUUGAUGCCUUCAUCUGCUACUGUCAGAAGGACCUUCAGUUUGUCCAGGAGAUGAUCAGGGAGCUGGAACAAACGGAGUUCAAACUGAAGCUCUGUGUGUUUGAUCGGGAUGUCUUGCCAGGAACGUGUGUGUGGUCCAUCAGUGGAGAACUUAUAGAAAGGAGGUGCCGGAGGAUGGUGGUUGUCAUUUCAGACGAUUACCUGGAAAGCGAUGAAUGUGAUUUUCAGACCAAAUUUGCUCUUAGCCUUUCCCCAGGUGCUCGUCUCAAACGGCUGAUUCCAGUCAAGUGCAAAACCAUGAAGAACGAGUUCCCAAGCAUCUUACGGUUCAUUACCGUUUGUGACUACACCAAUCCUUGCACCAAAAAGUGGUUCUGGACAAGACUGGCAAAAUCCCUCAUGCUGCCGUGAUGCAAAGUCACAAGAGCGAGAUGUUCUUCUGCACUCUGUCCUGGCUGCACCUUUGGACUGUGGUGUCGUUUCACAUAGGAUCUUGAACCACUUCAGAGCCUGGAUCCUUCCAGUCAGUGUUUGGAGCCUGCGACUGGGAGCAAAGAAUCUUCUCUUGUACUUCUUCAUAACUUGGAAGGGGAAAUAAAGCAACUCUGUGGCUGUUCCUGCUCAAGUCAGUGAGUAUCCAGCAUUUUGUGUAGGAAGCACUUUCACUGAAAAUACAGAAAAUAGAUGUUUAAAUACUGUCUAAUACAAGAAGGCUCUAUUAUAAGCAUUUAAUAAGCCCUCAGUUUCAAACAGCAAGCUUUCUUAAACAAGUAUUUCUUAUUAUUUUAAAGGCUGUUUAAUGGCUAUAGUAAUGUUUAAGGUUUUAAAUCCAGUGAAGUCCCAUGGCUGCCUGGUGAUCUGCAGGAACUGAGGUUUCAGACUUACUUUCCUGCUCUGUGAAUGGCUGGUGCCAUGAGAAUGGCUGGUUUCAGCAGGGAGGCCCAGCCUGCCCUGCUGCUGGGCAGUCUUUAGCCCACACUGGUUCUGAGGGUAGUCAGUCUUCUUCAGUCCUUGUUUGGACAAAAGCAGAAGUGUAUUUUAAUUGUUAAAGAAAUGAAUGGUUCUCCCAUUAUGCUUAGCAAUAUCUGCAAAAUUAGAGCAAUUAUCUAUGUAAUUAUAACUAAUGCAGAAUUACUGAGCUUGGUGUAUUUUCUGUGGAGGUUUUUCUCCUCAAGUUAUAUCACAGUAUUCCUGUCUUGUAUUCCUUUACAGGGUAAAUCCCUUGUCACUAGUAUUUUCUGAGGCAGUCCCUCAAGUUUACUCUAGUUGUUGAAAGCAAGAAGGAUACACUGUUGUAUGACCUUGGUUGUGCCUGUCUUCUGCUCAGGUCACGUUUUGAUUAAGUGACCUCAUACCAAUAUUUUACAUUCCCAGAUGUUACAAAAUGUUUACAACAGAGCCUUCCUUUAGUAGAAAUUCAUAAAACAUAUUAUUUUCUGUGAAAGUCCUUACUGCACAAAGUGCAGGCUGCUGUUGGUGCAGGAACGGGGCUAUGCAUCUUUGUGGAUCCAGAUCUUGAAUGCUUCACCUUUAAGAGCGUUCCAAAACACAUCAGCUGUUGGGGUGCCUCAAAGGCAUAGGGAUAAAUAUUGAAUAAAGAGUGUAUUAAAUUAUUAA